AUGUUACCGCCGGACUCCCUAUUUCUGACCCUCAAGACUAACUGGCAUCGACAGUCACUCGGCCCUGACGGAUUUCCUAGCGUCAGAGAGGCCGAGCGCCAACAGUCGGUCGAUACACCAUCGGACGCCCAAGCACAAGAUGCGGAAGAGUCUGAAACAAAUGCCAGCGAAUCCCCUGAACAGAAAAAGAAGCGCAAGCGCAAGGAGGCUGCCACCUUGGCCAAGAUCAAACAGAGCAAGGAGUUUGCGCGCCGCAAAGCCCGACGCAUCGGGGAGCCCGAUGAUGACGACGAUCUUAUCGCGAGGGAGAUGAUGGAUGAAAAGUCGCGACCCUUGCCGGGACAACUCGAAAACUGCGAACUAUGCGGCAAGCGCUUCACUGUGACUGCCUACAGCAAGACCGGACCCAACGGCGGCCUUCUCUGCGCGAAAUGCUCCAAGGAACUGGCGAACGAUGAGAAGAAAGCCAAGGCGAAGAAGCGUGGACCGCGAACGGGUCGUCGUCAAAACCAGAGCAAUCUACUCGACGGGAUCACGCAGCAGGGCGCUUUGAGUUUGGCGGAAAUGUGUACCAAGAAAGUCGCCGACAACAUCAACGACAUUGAAGAGUUCGGCGAUCUUCCGUCGCAGCUACUACAUGGGCUGAGCCAGAUCCUGUCCAAGCGACGAGUCCUUACUCCGCGGACCCUGAACCUCUUCUUGCGCCCGGACUUGGAAUCUAUCGACAUCUAUGACUCGGCUAAACUCGAAACCGAUGACUUCCAGAAGAUCUUUGCCUUUAUGCCGGGGCUGAAGCAUGUCAACUUGCGCUUUGCCGGGCAGAUGAAGGACAGGGUGUUUGAAUAUAUGAUCGAUCGGGAUCUCAAAGUCCGCCACCUCCAGUUAGACGCCGCCAACCUCAUCUCGGAUAAAUGCUGGCGGAAGUUGUUCCAGAAAUUGGGGCCCCAGCUAGAGAGUCUCAAGCUCUCGAACAUGGACUCUUCCUUUGACGACGAGACCGUCAAGGUUCUAUGCGAGUCUUGUCCGGGUCUUCGGCGUCUCAAGUUGAAAGAAUGCUGGAAAAUGAGCACGAGCUCACUUCAAGCCAUCUCGACGCUGCGCUCAUUGGAACACCUAUCACUGGGCUUCGUCCAAGAUGCGGACCCCAACGAUCUUCUUGAACUAGUUUCCCACCUUGGUCCCAACUUGCGAACUUUGUCUCUGGAAGGGUUCCCAAACGCAGACGACAGCCUGCUCAGCGCGAUCCAUGAAAAGUGCCAUUCUCUCACCAAGCUGCGUUUCACCGGAAAUGCCGUGUGCACGGAUAAGGGAUUUGCAGGCCUUUUCACCGACUGGCACAACCCUCCGUUAGAAAUUGUGGAUCUUUCCUCGACGAGAGACGUCGACAACGCUAACCCGGACGGCCCGACCGAUGCCACUGGUCUCGCGUCGCAAGGCUUUAUCGCCCUCAUGGGUCAUUCGGGUGCGAAAAUCGAAAAAUUGAACAUGUCAUCAUGUCGGCACGUCUCGCGCACGGCUUUUGAAGAGGUCUUUGCAGAAGGCAAGACCUAUCCACAGUUGAAAGAGCUGGACGUCUCGUUCCAUACGGUCAUGGACGAUUACCUCGUGGGGUGCAUCUUCCGCUGCUGUCCAGAAUUGAAGAAAGUGAUCGCGUUUGCCUGUUUCAACGUGCGGGAGGCGCGGAUUCCCAAGGGGGUUGCGUUGAUUGGUGGGUUGAAGGCGCAGGAUGCCAUUGUUGUUGAGGGAGCUUAG